AUGUGCUACUUCUACCAGACCCGUUGGACGUGUGGGUAUUGGAGAUGGGGCCAGUUCAAGCAGCAGUGCAACAAGGAAUACCGGACGGGCGAGACAUGCGGGCUCAAGCUCGUGUACACUACCGUCCAGGAGGCGGACCGGUGCAAACUGUGUCAUGAUAUCGACAAGAAGAAUCGACGAAUACUCAAAAUGACGACGGACAUCGAUAGGUGGUACAGAGAAGGGAAUCGACAGGCCACGAUCGAGAGGACGCUGAUAGAACUGACGGCAGUGGAGGACCAAAAAGCGGACAUGGAACACCGACAUCAAGCGAGAGUGCUCUGCCAGGAUUUGGCGGCGUGA